AUGAACCGGAUGAACACAGCCUCGGUCGGCUUGGCCGUCACGCCGACUGUCCUCCAGACCUUCUUGUCACAUUAUCUCAACCGCAAACCGCUCCAUCAGCGGCCCACGGCCCACCUUUCCUACGAUGAGGGUCUUCAUCUCAUCCGGUCCUUCUUGGCCUACGUCUCGCAGCAUACUGUUGAGGAUCUCCAGGCCUUCACCGCGCAAUGGGUCCCCCACCCGCAGUGGAUUAAACUCGACGAGGUGGUCAUCCCUGAGGCAGAUCUCGACCGCGCCGCAGUGCACCUCGAGGCCCAGCUCGGCCCAGCCGGCAUCCGCAAGGUUGGCGGGCGCAAGUGGUGGCAGUGGCGCAACCCAGACGCCUCGUCUCUCCGGGCAGAGUGGAUCGAGAUGCGCUCCGACUACCAUGAGCGCAAGAAGAACAACGACCCCGGGUCCCGUGUCAUGUUCUACAUCCACGGCGGCGCCUACUUCUUUGGCAGCGUCGACAUGCACCGGUACCAGCUUCAGAGGCACGCGCGCAAGCUGAAGGCCAGGGUGUUCGCGCCCGACUACAGGCUGGCGCCGCAGUUCCCAUUCCCUUGCGCCCUACAGGACUGCUUAGCCGCGUAUCUGUACCUGCUCACCACCCAGGAGCCCAGCACCAUCAUCCUGGCCGGCGAUUCCGCGGGUGGAGGUAUGGUUCUGAGCCUGAUGGUCAUCAUGAGGGACCAGGGAAUUCCUCUGCCGGCUGGUGCGGUGCUGAUCAGUCCCUGGUGCGACCUGACCCAUUCGUUCCCAUCGGUCGCCGGCGAUGCGCCAUUCGAUUAUAUUCCCCAGGGGGGCUUUCACCACAAGCCGUCUCCGGCGUGGCCGCCUCCGACCGACGAAGAGACCAGUGAGCUCAAGAGCUUGGCCCUGGCGGAAAAGCAGAGAAUCCAGCGUAUGUCCCCCUCUCUUGGUUGUCUUAGAGACAUGAUCUCCGCUCUCUUCAUCACCAUCAUGCCUAAAGGCGACCCAGGCAAAGGUGAUGCCAAUGACAAGGCCGACGAGGGCAUUCCUACGUCCAGGGAUAUCGCUGAGGCAGAGGCUACGCACCUGUCAGUUGUCAUCGAUGGCAAGACGGUCGAGGUCAAGGAACAGAUCCAGAUGUACGCCACCAACGAGCUCAUCACGCACCCCCUCGUGAGCCCCGUCAUGCAGCCCACCCUGGGCGGUCUGCCGCCUCUCCUCAUCAUGGUCGGUGGCGGUGAGAUCCUACGGGAUGAGCAGGUCUACGUGGCCCACAAGUGCGCCAAUCCUUCCCAGUACCUACCGUCCGAGUCGACGCUGGAUGAGAGGGCCUGGGCGCAGAUCAAGCAGUACAAGCCCACCGAUGUCCAGCUGCAGGUGUGGGACGACCUCUGCCACGUCGCACCCACGCUGAGUUUUACCCGCCCCGCCAAGUACAUGUACAGGUCUGUGGCACAGUUCGCGGCGUGGGCCCUGGCGAGGGCGCAGAAGACGGACAUUGAGAUCCAGGACGACGAUGACAUCUCUGUCAUCUCGAGCUCAACCUCUGACUCUGAUGCCGAGGCGGCCAAAAAGAAAGAUGAAGAGGCCAAUGACCAGGAGUCUCGGGGCGUGGUUGGAAAGGCAGGCGAUGCGCUACCCCCCUUCAAAAACCACAUGAUCCGGCAGCGUGUGACCAGGCACGGCGUGAUCUUUCCCUUGCCUCCGCCGUCCGAGCUGCCAGGCUGCUCCAUGGACAGGGAGCUCGUCGGCGUGGCAAAGCAGGGCCCCGUGAAGAAGUGGCUGGAGCAGAAACGGCAGUGGGACCGGCGCUUUGCCUCUGCCAGGCGCAAGGUCCACAAACAGGCCGUGAAGGACCUGAUCAUUGGCUACGAGGGCUUCGGCGAAGGCGAGAUCCCACCGCCGAGCGCGCUCGCGGGACGAAGAAAGAAGGAUGGCGUCACCAAGACGAGGAAGCGUACUAAGAACAUGGGCUUCGCGUUGUGGUCGCUCUGGGGGUCCAAGCACGACAAGAUGACCAUGAACAGGGAGAUACAGGCCGAGAAGGAUAACCAGGGCAUCGAUUUCAGCCCGACCUUGCCGUCCGACGGCCAGGGCGCAAGACCGUUUGCCGAGAUCGAGGCGCAACGAACCACGGCGCCCCACUCACCCAAGGACCAGAGUCGGUCGCGCAGGCCCUCGCGCAGGAGGAGGGUGACAUACGAAGGGCAGGACGAGGAAGGUGCCGUUGACGACGUUGACGAGAACACGACGGUCGCCGAGCUCCUUGCCAAGCACGGGGGGGAUGAUCCGGACGCGGCGGAGAGGGAGCCGUCCCAGCACCUCUCUCCCAGCUAUCAGCCCGGGGUAGGCGUCGGCUCGACCGGCAAGAGGCCCUACGUGGAUGGGAUAGCGGUGCCCUUCAGCUUGAAGAAAGAGGCUGAGACAGCGAGCAUGUUGACUUUAACGAGUCAUCUGAGUCAGGGC